AUGUUUCUGUUCAGGAAAAAGGAUAACACGACUGAGGAUGAGAAGAAACAGAACGUCCAAGUUAAUAACCCGUUUCAAAAUAUUCAAAAGGAUGCCCAAGAUGUGAAGUCAGAAAGGAAUUUACAAAAUGAUGAAAAAAAUAUGAACAGUUCAGAUAAAAAUGAUGAAGAAAAGGAAGAAGAAGAAAAAAAAAAAAAAAAAAAAAAUAGUAUAGAAGAGAAGGAAAGCACAAUAAAUAAAUUCCAGGAAGAAAAUCAAAAUGGUUUAAAAGAGCAAGACACAAGCGCCCAAGACAGUGAUAACUUAAAUAACCAAGUAAAGGAAGACCAAACAAAAUACACACAUGAGAAUUUAACAUCCGCUGGUGAUAACAAUAUCAGGAAAGAAAUGUACAGAUUUAUUCCAAGCGAAAUAAAAAAAAAAAAAAUUAACUUGUAUAGUUCAUCCAGUUCUGCAUCCUCAUCUGAAGAAGAAAACAUAUUUACACAUAAAAAUAAAAGAAAAAUGAAAGACUUAGACUUAGAUGUAGAGGAAUAUGAACAUGUCAGAAAAAGGGAGAGAACAGAAGAAAUUCAGCAAAGCAGUAACAUUACUAGUAGAACUCGAGAAACCAACACAAUUAAUAUGAACAGAAAAAUUUUUGCAAACAUUUCUAGUAGCAAUGAGAAACUAGUUUUUUUAACAAAAAAAGUAAGAGAAGAAAUUAAGCGAAAAUCUGAUAAAAAAGAAAAUGUAAGCUUUAUUUCCAUGGGUGAAGAAAACAGGUAUAAAAAAGAUUCACGCAAAAAGGAAAUAGAUAACAGAAGAGGGAAGAGGGAUAUCGAUAAUAAAACAUAUUAUAAUGAUGAUAGAUAUAGGACAAGGAAAAAAAUCGAAUCAAAUGAAGAAAUUAGAAAAAGGGAGUCUGAAAUAAAUGAAAGAAGAAGGAAAGUGUCCUCAAAUGAAGAAUCAAAUGAUGAACAAAAUUGUAAACACGAAAAUGGAGAAGAGGAAGAGGAAGAAAAUUAUAAGGACAGGUAUGGAAAAGUGGAAUCAUCCUUAGCAGAGUUAAAUAUGCUACAUAUUAGCAACAUUGAGAGAGAAAGUCAAAAGGAAAAGGAAUUAGAAAUCAUAAAACAACAAUAUUUAGGGUUAAACAAAAAGAAAAAGAAAAUGCAGAAGCCAUCAGAAAAGUUUAGAAACAUUUUUAACUUUGAGUGGGAUCAAUCAGAAGAUACAUCUAGAAACGACAGUAACCCGUUAUAUCAGAACAGACUAGAACCCCAAUUGUUAUUUGGUCGAGGAUACAUUGCAGGGAUAGACGUUAGAGAACAAAGGAAAAAAAAUAAUUUUUAUGAUAAUUUAGUUCAAAAUAGAAUAAACUUUAGUAUGAGAAAAGGAACAGGUUCUAGUAACUCUCAAAAGAAGGAUAGUUUGGACAAGAGUGAUGCAGAUGUGGAUAAUAUUAUGAACGGUAUAGCUAAUCAUACUACUAGCAUAUCAUCAUUGUCAAACACAUCGAAUCCAAUGGAACAUUUUACCAAUCUCAAUAAUAACUCCUUGAGUAGAAGCAAAACUGGAGAACUUAUUUACGAACCCAAAAUAAAUAACAUCAUACAAGAUGUUCAUAAUAAACACUGGAGUGAGAAAAAAAGAGAAGAAAUGACAGACAGAGAUUGGAGAAUAUUUAGAGAAGAUAAUGAAAUUUAUAUUAAAGGUGGGGUUGUACCACCACCCAUAAGAAGAUGGGAAGAAUCUAAUCUGUCUAGUGAUUUAUUAAAAGCUAUUAAAAAAGCAAAAUAUGAAAAUCCUACACCAAUUCAGAUGCAAGCUAUACCAAUUGCUUUAGAAAUGCGAGAUUUAAUUGGUAUUGCUGAAACUGGUUCAGGAAAAACUGCUGCGUUUGUUUUGCCUAUGCUUUCAUAUGUGAAACAACUACCACCAUUGACUUAUGAAACAUCUCAAGAUGGUCCUUAUGCACUUGUCAUUGCCCCUUCGAGGGAACUAGCCAUUCAGAUAUUUGAUGAAACAAAUAAGUUUGCAUCGUACUGUUCAUGCAGAACGGUAGCAGUAGUAGGAGGUAGAAAUGCAGAAGCACAAGCUUUCGAAUUGAGAAGAGGAGUAGAAAUAGUUAUAGGGACCCCAGGAAGAAUACAAGAUUGUUUAGAAAAGGCAUAUACAGUAUUAAAUCAAUGUAAUUAUGUAAUUUUAGAUGAAGCAGAUCGAAUGAUGGACAUGGGAUUUGAAGAUUCUGUUCAUUUCAUUUUGGACAGAAUACCAACAUCUAAUUUGAAAUCAGAAGAUGAUGCAUUAGCGUUACAAGAAGAAAUGAUGGCAAAGGCAGGACAUCGUUUAUACAGACUUACACAAAUGUUUUCUGCAACCAUGCCACCAGCAGUUGAAAGAUUAUCUAGAAAAUAUUUAAGAGCUCCAGCUUAUAUAUCCAUUGGGGAUCCAGGUGCAGGUAAAAGGUCAAUAGAACAGAAAUUGGAAUUUAUUACAGAAGGGAAAAAGAAACAAAAGUUGCAAGAAAUUUUAGAAAAUUAUGAACCACCCAUUAUUGUAUUUGUUAAUCAGAAAAAGGUUGCAGACAUUAUUGCAAAAUCGAUAAGCAAAAUGAAAUUUAGAGCCGUAUCUCUGCAUGGUGGAAAAGCACAGGAAAUAAGAGAACAAACACUGAAUUCGUUUAAAAAUGCAGAUUAUGAUAUAUUAGUAGCUACAGAUGUUGCUGGAAGAGGUAUUGAUGUGCAUGGGGUUAAAUUAGUUAUUAAUUUUGAUAUGCCAAAGGAUAUUGAAUCUUACACACACAGAAUUGGACGUACUGGAAGAGCCGGUAUGAAAGGACUAGCCAUUUCAUUCGUUACAGAACAGGAUACGCAUUUAUUUUAUGAUUUAAAACAGUUUCUUAUUUCUUCCAAUAAUAUUGUUCCCAUGGAACUAGCCAACAAUCCAGCAUCGAAAGUAAAGCCAGGAACAGUGAUUCAGAACGUUAAGAAAAGCCAAGUUUUGUUUAAAAGCUAG